GUAACUAUUUAUUGUCUUCACUCUGCACCGUGUGUUCCAGCAUGGCAGAAAAUAAAGACGAGCCAAACACUGAGGAUAUUGUGGCAGACGAGGAGGAGCUGGAGGAGGCUCUGUGUGUGCUGGCUGGAAGCGACCCGAACAACUGCUCCUAUUCACGGGGUUAUGUGAAAAGACAGGCUGUGUUUGCCUGCAGCACCUGCACUCCCAGUACUGCAGAGCCUGCUGGGGUUUGUCUGGCCUGUGCCAAUAAAUGCCACGAAGGACAUGAAAUCUUUGAGCUGUAUACCAAAAGAAACUUUCGCUGUGAUUGUGGAAAUGGCAAGUUUGGAGAUUUCGAGUGUCAGCUGAUUCCUGCCAGAGACAAUGAAAACAACAAAAAUAGCUACAAUCACAACUUCCACGGCUGCUACUGCACGUGUGACCGGCCGUACCCGGACGCAGAUGAUCAGGUCAACGAUGAGAUGAUUCAGUGUGUCACCUGUGAGGAUUGGUUUCAUACCAGGCACCUGGGCUGCGCUAUGGUGGAACCUGAGGAGCUACAAGAGAUGGUGUGUGAGUCCUGCAUGAGCAAGGCUCCAUUCUUGUGGACGUAUGCUGCCCACUUUGCAGUACCACCUGUCGUCAGCGUCAGUCAUCCUGAGGAGGAUGUUGAGGUCGAUGUUGAGGAAGGAAGCGAUAAGGAAGAUGACUCUGAGCCCAGUCAGACAGGGGACGAAGAACCCUCCACCAGUCUCGAACACACAAAGCAGGAGGAAGUGACAAACAGGAGAUCGCCUUGCAAACGGACUCACGAGGAAAUGACAGGCAGUCCUGGAAAGGCCACGAGCAAAUCUGAGGAUUGCAGGCUGAAGGAGCUGCAGGCCCAGGGGCUGGAGAGGCCCAGAGAGGGAGCAGUGUUCUGGCCUUACAGUUGGCGCUCCAAGCUCUGCACCUGCACAAGCUGCAAGAGGGCUUACGUUGCCGUCCAGGUGCAGUUUCUUAUGGAUCAGGCUGACACCAUUCUGGCCUACGAGAACAAAGGCUUGGAUGAGCCGUUCGGACAGCACCCACUCAUGGCACUGACAAGCUCACUGAACCAUGUACAGCAGCUGGAGGUCAUUUAUGGUUACAACGAGCUGACAACUGUGAUCACUGCAUUUUUAGAAAAGUGUGCUGCUGAAGGAAAGACUGUCACAGCUGAAGCUGUUCAUCAGUACUUUGAGGAACUGCGGGCUCGGAAAAGACGUCGCACUAACGCAGGAUACCAGUAAUAAGGAGGCCGUGCUGCUGCUAUCA